GUGGGCUGCAGGGGCUGAUGGGAGCUUUGAGGAGCUGUUAGAAACCACGUGGCCCUCGUCUGAUCUAGCAGCUCGUCCUUGUUUGGCCUCAGCUGCAUCAGAGCGCCACUUCUCCCCAGGUUCACCAGAGGAAACACCACUGCACAAAAUGCUUUUCCUCCCAGCUGCUGCUCUGUGCUGUCUGUGUUCAGCGCUGGCUGCCAUGACAACACAGCUGAGUCAGGAGGAUUUAACUCUGACCAGGAGAGUCGGUGACAGCGUCUCCUUCAGCUGUGGGACUGAUCAGUGUGGUGGUUAUGUUGUAACCUGGUACCAGAAGAACGAAUCAGAAACAUUCAGACCAAUUCUUUUUAUAACCAGUAGUGGUAGCACACAGAAACAUUUCAAUCAUCCUCAGCAAAAUGAUUUCUCAGCUGAGAGAAAUCAGAAAAGCUGUACACUAAAGUUAAAUCAUGUUAAAGUCGAUCAUUCAGCCUCCUACUACUGCGGCUGCUGGAAGUCUGGGUGGAAUGGAUUUUUUGGUUCAGGAACCAAACUGUAUGUAACAGAGGAGCAGCUGAAGGAGCCCGUGGUGACCGUGUACCCAGCAGCAUCCAGAGCCCACCUGGAGGGGAAGAGCUCCCUGCUGUGUCUGGCCUCAGGCAUGUUUCCUCCUGAGGUCAAGAUCUCCUGGAAAAGACAGAAGAAGGACGGUGAUCUGGAGGAUCUGCUCCCUGCUGAGGGAGAGCAGCUGGAGCUCAGAGAGCCGGGACGCACCACCUCCAUCUUACUGGUGGAUGGGGACCCUGUCAUCCCCUAUAAAUACCACUGCUCUGUCCAGCAUGAGGGGGGAAGAGUGGAGGCCCAAACACAACAAGAGGUUGGGCCCUGGAUUCUGAUGUUCAAGAAUCAAGUGAAGCUGCUCCUCCUGCUCUACACAGUGCUGAUAGUGAAGAGUCUGGUGUACUGCUGUGGACUCUCUCUGCUGAUGAGCCUCAGAACCAAGGGACCGUCCACCAACUGAACACAUGCGACUCACUGCUUUCUCACCAACUUUCAGCACAUCUCAGCAAUUUAUCAUUUUUAUCUCUAUAAACACAAGUCAUCAGGGUCAAACUGUAGAAAUUAAAAUUGAUUUAAUGUUGCUUGAUUGU